AUGAACGGCGAAAAACCACUCCGUGAGAGGAAGAAGAAGAUGCCGUAUCCUUCUCCGGUGACAGAAGAACCAAUCUCUAUCAUGUCACUUCCUUAUGACUUGUUAUUGAACUGCUUCUCACUCGUCUCAAGGUUGUAUUAUCCAACUCUCUCCCUCGUUUCCAAAACUUUUCGAUCUAUCAUUACUUCACGCGAACUUUACGAGAUCCGAUCACGCUUAAACCGUACGGAUAAGUGUCUCUAUCUUUGCUUCCCUUACGACAUGAACACGCAUUGGUUCACUCUCUGCCGGGAACCUAAUCGAAACGUUGCCGAGAAUUCAAGUGGCUAUCUUCUGGUCCAAGUUCCAUCUCCCAAUGGUUUACUUCCUGUGCAUUCGUCGAGUGUCAUAGCCGUUGGUUCUAAUAUCUACAAAAUCGGCGGCACUAAGUCUUAUAGACACAAACUCUGGAAAAGGACGCGCUAUUCUUCUUCUGUCUCUGUCCUGGAUUGUCGGAGUCACAGGUGGCGUCAGGCUCCAGGAAUGCGAGUGGCCCGGGGCUGUUCCUCCACAGUAUGUGAAGUUGAUGGGAAGAUAUAUAUAGCAGGAGGCUGUAAAGAAGACAUCGGUUCCUUGUACUGGAUUGAAGUGUUUGAUCCAAAAACUCAAACUUGGGGCACUCUGAAGAACCCAUGCAUUGAGUAUCAACAUGAUAUUGGAUAUAGAUGUGAAGUCAAAAGCUUAGGUCUUGAUGGAAAAAUAUACAUGUUUGGAAGUGAGUUUGUGGUUUACAAUUUUGAGGAAGAUAGAUGGAAAUGUAUAGGCCGAGAUAAGUAUAAUUUGUAUCAUGCAGUAGACCCUAUGUCUCGCAUAAACUCUAGUUCUUGCGUGGUAGACAAUGUCUUGUUCAUUUUGGAUAAGGGAACUCGAGUGUUCAAAUGGUAUGACUUUAAGGUAAGUUUGUGGAAGGAAUUGAAUGGUGUUGAAGGAUUGCCUGAUUUAAGUGACCGUGGGUAUGUUAAAAUGGUGGAUCUUGGUGGAAAGAUAGCGGUUUUGUGGCAAGAGUGUCUGACUAAUAAGAAAAUUAAAAGGAUUUGGUGUGCUGAGAUUAGCCUUGAAAGACGCGAUAGAGAUGAGAUUUGGGGGAAGGUUGAGUGGUUUGAUAUUGUGCUUAGUGUCCACUCGUCUUUUUCAUUGCUCUGCGCGGAUACUAUUUCCGUUGUUGUUUGA